AUGAGCGCGUUCCACAGCUCGUCGUCGUCGUCGAUGCAACAGCAGCACGAGCUCCACGUGCGUCGGCUGCUGGACGAGCGCGCCGAGCGGGCGGGGCUGUCCCCCGUUGCGCCAAGCGAGUAUGUCGGCGGAUUCGAGACACCGUCGAUGUACAGCGCCCGCUCGCCUCGGGCACCCUUCGACGACCCGAACGCGUCGGAACUCAAUCUGGACGACGACGAGGACACCUACCCGCACCCACACUCACCCCCAAUGUCUGCCCACGCCGACGACGAGGACACGGAUUCGCCACAUGACCUGGACGAGGAGGAAGAGCAGGAGCAGCGCAUGAGCAUGCUCGGUCCAAAGAUGCGCUUCCACUCGCCCGCACCCUGGGAACUCGACGCGGACCCCAUCAGAGAGCAGGACGAGCUCGACGACGACACACGUUCGUUUGUGUCCAAGCGCGGCAAACCUGGCUUCAUCAAAUCACUUGGCCUCGGGGGAUCCUCCAAGACUUCCAGGCCCAGCACAGACUCGUCACGCUCGAGUGGCAGGGAGAAGAAGUCUUUCGAAACCACCUCUUCCUACGUCUCUGCUGGCGGCGCUCUGCAUGCACUCGCGCAGGCGUCCAUGUCCUCCACGUCCUUGUCUCACACUCCCUCGCCUGCUCCCGCCGCUGCGCGCUCGAAAUUUCCACUGUCCAGACCGCGCACUCGCACGCAGUCCGGCGGGCCGCAUAGCGGUCUCAGAUUGUAUCCGCCUGCGCCCGUCUCGUCCAUGCCCUCACCGUCAUCCACCCAAGCCUCGCCCGUCGGCUACAACACUCGUUCCUCAUCACCUGCACCCUCCGCGUACUCCACCGCCCUCUCACGAACUGACACUCGCACCUCGUCGCGCCCCACCUCACCUCUCGGUCAGGAAUUUAUUCAUCCUUACGCGAACCCGGAAGUAUCCAGCCCGUACCGCGAUUCAUUCCACAUCCCUCCCGUGCCCUCCUCUCGAGCGGCAACGUUACCCACGCCUGAGGCAAAUGCGGGCAACGGAUAUUUCGGACUACAGGUUCCUCGAAGUUCUUCGCCCACGGGAAGUGUUGCGCCAUCAAUCGCCCCUUCUAUGGUCAGCGGGACUGGAGAUCAUAAUCCCCGUCGUCAGGGAGGCGGUUUGAACGGUCGCACAAUAUCUGGACCCAUGCCGAUGGAUAACCCCGGCGGUACGCUACACUCUGUGCAGAGCUACUCGAGUAUGCGCGCCCGCACCAACACACGGGAGCGUGAUCCCAAGUUCCCGCAGCAGAUGCCGGCUGGCUUUGCUGAGUUGCCAUCGUCGCCGAACUUCAACCUCAUCUCUUUGCAAGAGGCUCAAGCUCAGGCUCGCACUCGCAGCGUCACCGCGUCAUCCAGCUCAAAUGCGCCGUUCCUGCAAGAAGACCCAUCACGCAGCAACAACAACAGCGGUCGCACACGUAUGCGUUCGACCAGUGCCGGUGCAAAGGUUGAUGCGAGCGCAAUCUCUCCUGUAUCUGGCGGCCCUCAGCCUAAGCUGAAGCACAAGAAGUCCGGUUUCAUGCGUCUCUUCAACAAAGGAGACGAGCCGCCUCCCGUCCCUCCUCUCAUCUACGCCAACCAGCCAGUGCCACCAUCAGAGUACAGUCUGGGAUCGAGCAUGAGUUCAAGCACGAACCUGAGCGCCACCUCGCCAUAUACCCCACGCCCGCAGGCGCGCGUUCCCGUGCCACAACUCACCCCGGAAGAUGAGCGCCCGCCGCCACAACGCUCGGGCGCUAAUGAUGGUCCUCCCUCCGCCGGAUCAGGUCGCCGAAAGCAUCCUCCUCCCUUAGCAAUUGUACCGCCUGCUGCGUCUUCCAACACGCACCUCUCCGGUUCCCUAUUUUCAUCUCAGGAGGGCAACCCUUCCCGCACGACGCUCAUGCCCGAGCGCUCUUCCCCACGCUUAGAGAGCGAACAACGCUACGAGCGCGUGCCGCGUGGGCGAGGAGAGCCUUCUAGCGCACCCCCCGGCGCUCCUCAGUUCCCGUCUCUCAGUUUACGCCCUGUGUCCACCGUCUUUAGCGCGCACUUCGCCGAGCUUGGUAGUGAUUUCGGCAUUGACCUAGACCGGGAUGCCAGCCAGUCUUCGACGACCUCCGGACGCUCUCCCACCUCAGCCCUAUCACCUAUCACGCCUGGCUUCCCUGGCUCUUACGGUAGUUCGAUGGAUCCUACACGAGCAGGCUCGGAGAGCGGUGCCCUGAUCGUGGACGCGAACAGCGAUGACCCGAACGCGGUGAUCGCGGCGCUGCAGGCGCAGAUAACUGGCGCGCGCAAAGCAUGGCAGCGUCAGAUCUGGGAACUCGAGGGUCAAGUUCGGGAUUUACGUGCUGAGAUGGAGGAGAUGCGGGCAAAGGAGCGGAGCGGCGAGAGAUGCGCUUUCUGCGGGCGUGGUGGUAGCGCUGGAUACGAUGAAGCCGCGCUUGAACACCACAUGCAUGACAUGCCUCGCAAGGGUAGUUUGCCGGGCACACCCGAGGUGUCUGUCGGACGCGGUGGUGUUGUCAACCGCCCUCGGGCUCGUACAGGCGUUGGAGGACGUUUUGGCGCCGCGACCUGA